CAUAUUUGUACCUAAAUGGGACAUAUCAGGACCUUUUUAAAAUGAGGAUUCCGCCCAAGUGACAACAUUGUACCUUUAUUUUUGACAGUGUAUGCACACAAGCACAUUUAUCUCCCCUCUCACCCACAUACUUGACAAAAUACUCGAACUUGCUCACUCUUUUCUCAUCGUAGGUCCGCCCCUGCUUAAUUUUAGCAUUUGGCCCCUGUCUGAAUUUCCUGACUACAAAAGUCUGUCUGACAUUUUUGUCUCAGUCUCAGCAGGGGAGCCGGAAAAUCUCAAGCACCUAUACAAAGAGAAAGCAGGGGCCCGGUACUCACCAGGACAGGUCAGUUUGUUAAACCCCAACACUGACUCCUGAAGAUAACCAUGGGUAGUUUGGCUUUUGAAUGCACCAAGGAUAAAAAGAAAACACACGAUUGUCAGAGAAAGGAGGUUGAAAAUGGGUAAAAUCAUAUUAUGAAUCCGUCGUUGUUGCUGUGCUGUUUGGUGCUAUGUUUAGCCUGCUGUGUAAACGUACAUACACACAUGGUUAUGGAGAACCAACACAUCUCCAGUCAAACAACCAUCAGCGUAUAUCAAACAAACCAGACAGAUACACCGCCUGUGCUUAUUGUUGGGCUGUCAACACCUAAGAAGAAUAAGAAAUCAGAAAAGAAACCGAAAAAGAACAAAUACAGCACCCGUGUAAAGAAACCCCCGCCGCCGGCGAACUGCGUCCAGCUGUGGGAAAGCUGCAAGGGUCCGAGCGCAGUCUGUUGCGAUCCCUGCGCCUUCUGCUACUGCCGACUCUUUAAAACCGUCUGCUACUGCCGCAUGGGUUACCCCAAAUGCUGAAAACUGCCACAUGGAGAAACAACCGGGCUUAUUUCAACACCCCUUCCAUAAAGGCUUAUUUUGUAAACGAAAAACUGGAUUAUCUCUGCACUACUUUUACAUAAUCGCUACAACUCCGAUUAAUCGGAUGCUUCCGGCGGAAUAUUCCGAAGAUGACCGACGUAUUAGUUUAUGUGCUUUUACAUUUAUUUUAAAUUAAUUAUUUUCACAUUUCAGUGAAAGCUUUGUAAAUUAUCUAGCUGUCCGAACGAUUGUGAGUGAAUAUUAAUGUUUAUAUGAGCUAUAAGCACUUUACAAUGUGUAAAUAAUGCA